UUCCGCUGAGCCGAGGGGACGCACCGCUCCGAUCAGCACCGCGCUCCGAUCAGCACCGCGCUCCGAUCAGCACCGCGCUCCGAUCAGCACCGCGCUCCGAUCAGCACCGCGCUCCGAUCAGAACCGCGCUCCAAUCCGCUCCGAACAACGCUCCGCAUCGCAUCACAAGGGCAUCGCUCCACGCUCCGGUCCGGGCCGCUCCGAUCCACUCCUCGCCGCGCUCCGCACCGUAUCUCUCCGGACAGCACCUCUCCGCACCUGCCCGCGUUUCUUCGCUCCGUUCCGCGGGCUCCAUCCCCUGCCCGCCGGAGCCUCGGCUCCCGGCACGGCCGAAGCAGCGCAACCCGGUCCGCCCGGUCCGCCCGGCCCGGCCCCCGCGGCGGAGGCUCCCGCGGGCGGCAGGAUGGCCAGCAAGGCGUCGGAGCUGCUGGGGGUCUGCUCCAGUUACCAGGCGGUGAUGCCCCACUUCGUCUGCGUGGCCCAGGAGUUCCCCUCGCCCGCCCGCCCCGCCAAGACCCCCAAGGGGAAGCUGCGGCGGCCGCGCCAGUCGCGCUUCAAGACGCAGCCGGUGACUUUCGACGAGAUCCAGGAGGUGGAGGAGGAAGGGGUGUCCCCUCUGGAGGAGGAGAAGGCCAAGAAGUCCUUCCUGCAGUCCCUCGAGUGCCUGCGACGGAGCACCCAGAACCUCAGCCUGCAGCGGGACCGCCUCGGCAGCUGCCGCCUCCGCAACAGCCUCGACUCCAGCGAUUCGGACUCGGCCCUCUGAGGCCGGUGAGAACCCAACCCGGUCCGGCCCGGUGGCAGGGACCGGGCUGCAAGGACCGGGCUGCAGGGACUGGGCUGCCCGGAGCCGCCCCCCCCUUCUCCCCUCCAUAAUCCCCCAUCCCCAAAACCUCCGCCGGGCGGGCAGCCGCGUCGGGAUGUUUUCUAAGAAAGCGCUUGUACCUUCGUUUCUAUUUGAUUGUAUGAAACUCUCCGUUUAAAAGACAAAAGAAAAAAAA